GACAUAACCAGGAAGUACUAAGGUGUCAUAUGACUGUAGAAAAAUGGCCGCGGUGCAGUGGCGUUCCCGCGGGCGCAACUAUGAGGCAGAGCUGCAGAGGUGUCACCCUGAGGUGGCUCUGGUUGAGUUUGGAGACUACCACCCCCUCAAACCCAUAAUGGUGACUGAUACAAAGACCCGCCGUGGGGCUCGCAAAGGCAGCACCUCCUCCUCUUCCUCCUCCUCCUCCUCGGUGCCCCCGGACCCCCUGAGCUCCAUGCUGGAUGGGACCGACCCCUUGUCCAUGUUUGCAGCAGCCUCAGCCAGUGAGACUCCAGCCAUGUCGCACAGCGCCUCCACAGGGGACCUGGGGAGGAAGAGGAGGGAGAAGGAGGAAGAGGCAGUGGGACCAGACUUUGAGCCCUGGUCGUCGAAGCGAGGAGAGAUCCUGGCCAGGUUCACCACCACCGAAAAACUCUCCAUCAAUCUUUUCAUGGGAUCUGAUAAAGGAAAAGCUCCCAGUCCAGGAUCUUCAGCUGUUUCAGAGAAAGUUCGCACUCGCCUGGAGGAACUGGAUGAUCUGGAGGAGGGCUCCCAGAGAGAGCUGCUGAACCUGUCCCAGCAGGAUUACGCUAACCGCAUUGAGGAGCUGAACCAGUCCCUGAAGGAGGCCUGGGCCUCGGACCAGAAAGUCAAAGCCCUGAAGAUUGUCAUCCAGUGCUCUAAGCUCCUCUCUGACACCUCAGUGAUCCAGUUCUACCCCAGCAAGUUUGUUCUCAUCACUGAUAUCCUCGACACGUUUGGUCGGCUGGUGUACGACAGAAUCUGGACCAUGUGUUCAGACCCACGACCCUUGCCAGACUCAUUCACAGUAGAGGACGUGAACGACACGGCAAAGGAGACGUGCCUCAACUGGUUCUUCAAGAUCGCCUCCAUCAGAGAGCUCCUGCCCAGACUAUAUGUUGAGGCUGCAAUUCUCAAGUGCAACCGCUUCCUGAACAAAUCUGGCAUUCAGGAGACGCUCCCGCGGUUGACAGCUAUGAUCAGGGGGAUUGGAGACCCUCUGGUGGCUGCGUACGCCAGGGCUUACCUCUGCAGGGUGGGAAUGGAGGUCGCCCCCCACCUGAAAGACAGCCUGAACCGAAACUUCUUCGACCUGCUCGGGACCUUCCGCCAGAUCAGCGGGGAGAGCGUCCGGAACCAGCUGGUGCUGCAGAGGGUGGAGGUGCCAGAGUAUCUGACACUUUACUCACCGGCCAUCAGCUGGAUCCUGCAGUGCAUCGCCUACAGAGCUCCAGAGCCUCUGCUAACAGAAAUGAUGGAGAGAUGCAAGAAACUAGGAAAUAAUGCCUUGCUGCUGAAUUCAGUCAUGAGGGCGUUCAGGCCGGAGUUUGUCGCCAUCAGAGCCACUGACUUCAUCGGGAUGAUCAAAGACUGCGAUGAGGCCGGCUUCCCAAAGCAUCUGUUGUUUGGAUCUCUGGGUCGCAGUCUGGCCUGUGCCGACCCUCCAGAGUCAGAGAGGCUGACGAUCCUGAAUGAGGCUUGGAAGGUCGUCACCAAAGUCCGCAGUCCUCAGGAUUACAUCAACUGUGCUGAAAUCUGGGUGGAGUUCACCUGCCGACACUUUACAAAACGUGAGGUCAACACCGUCCUGGCUGACAUCAUCAAACACAUGACCCCUGACCGGGCGUUCGAAGACGCCUAUCCUCAGCUGCAGUCAGUGAUCAGAAAGAUUCUCACCUAUUUCCACGACUUCUCCGUUCUCUUCUCCAUGGAGCGUUUCCUGCCGUUCUUAGACAUGUUCCAGAAAGACAGUGUGAGAGUGGAGGUCUGCAGAUCCAUCAUGGAGGUCUUCAUCAAACACCAGGUGGAGCUCACCAGAGACCCGGUCAUCCUCAACGCCAUGCUGCACAUCUGCAAGACCAUGCACGACUCUGUCAACGCUCUCACUCUGGAGGAUGAGAAAAGAUCUUUGGCUCUGUUGAUCAUCGGCUUCAUCCGCAUGGUUUCUUUUGGUCGUGACUUUGAGCAGCAGUUGAGUUUCUGUGUGGAGGCCCGAGCCACCUUCUGUAACCUGGAGCCAGUUCUGGUGCAGCUCAUUCACACGGUGAACCAGCUGGCGAUGGAGACCAGGAGGGUGAUGGGAGGGAAUCACUCCCGAAAAACUGCGGCGUUCGUCAGGGCGUGUGCCGCCUACAGUUUCAUUACCAUCCCGUCUCUUAGCAGCAUCUUCAGUCGUCUCAGCCUCUAUCUGCUGUCCGGUCAGGUUGCAUUGGCCAACCAGUGUCUCUCCCAGGCGGAUGCCUUCCUGAAGGCGGCAGUCAGUAUCCUCCCGGAGGUUCCUCGCUCCAUCAGUGUGGAAGGGAAGCUCCGCUCCUCAGAGAGCUUCCUGCUGGACUUCAUCAACAACUUCCUGGCCACGCUUCUGGUUGUCCCGGACCAUCCGGAGCAUGGCGUGCUCUACCUAGUCCGAGGUCUGCUCAACAUGGUCCAGGAUUACACCUGGGAGGACAACAGUGACGCCAAGGUGCGGGUCUACAUCAGCGCUCUGCCCCUGUUGGCUGCCAUGAGCCAGGAAACCUACCUUUACUCCAUCCCCAAAGUGGAUUCCAAUGAGACACUUUAUGGAGGAGACCCCAAGUUUCUAUCAGAGAUCAACAAGCUGUGCGAGACCCUGAUUGGACAGAUCCUGGAUCAUCUGAAGGCACUCGGUCGUGACGAGCAGAGCACACGCCGUCAAGGCGCCGUAGCCUUCUCCCUGUUCGGUGUCCUGCUGGCUCACGGUGAUCUGAGGAACAACAAGCUGAGCCAGCUGGCCGUCAACCUGUGGAACCUCAGCCACAAACACGGAUACUGUGAGACACGAAUCUCCGUUCGGACUCUGGAGUCCAUCAAACACCAGGCUCAGCAGCCCAACAUGACUCACCUGUCAGAUACAGUCCAGAGGCUCACCCUGCAGUCCCGCACCUGAACACCAAAGCCUGGUCUACAAGCUCGGUAAAAACAUCUGUGCAUCACACAUCAGGUUUGUGUGAGUAAAAGAUAACAAGAAGCACAAAGAAGGAAAAAAAUGCCUUAAUGUAUUUUGUGUGAGGACACUUGAUGAACAUUCAGGUGUGAAUGUAGACAAGCAUUUUGGAUUCUACACACUCAGUUUGGAUCAGAUCGUAGACUGAAGUUAGAGAGGGCGGGUUUUGUGCCAAAAUUAAUGUUCAGGCUUAAAAACAAACAACUAAUUAAACUAUGAUAGGAAGCUACCAUAGACGAUUAAACCAUGUACCGCUACCUUAAAGGAAAAUUACCAUUGUUAAAGAAGAAAAAUGACAUUCCUCUGCUGGUUCUCUGAUCUUUGAAAUCGAGUCAUAAGUGGGUUCAGAGAACUAAAGCAGAAAACAAGACCACCAGAGUCACACAGUGUCUGUUGAUGUGGUUUUGCCUCAGUAUUUUCUCAAAGUAAAAAUGCUUCAAACGCUAAAAAAAAAAAACUGCUGCAGCACUAAAACAAUUAUUUUGCAGUGAUACAUCUUUGUCAGUGCUGUUAUAAGUUCUGCUGGGUGCCCACUCAGUGUUAUCUGCACCUACUUCAGAACAAACUAAUGUACAACUGAAUUUGCACAACUGUUCUCUGUAUUGCAGCAUAACCUAUCAUCAUUCACACCAUAUGUAUAUUGUAAUAAUACUGGUUUAAUGAUAGUGUUUUAACAUGUUGUCCUCUUCAUGCAUUUGUAGAAAUAAAGUCAUUCUGCUUUGUAUUUAAAUAUGACUAUUUUAAAGACGAAUGAGACAGGACAGCGUUUGUUUUCAAGACAUUCUCAAACUCUUCUCAGUUGUAGUUUAUUUACUCAAUUAGUGAAUCAUUGUAAAGGCAAACGCUCCCCUUUAGUUCUCAAAGGAAAAAAUUAUUAAAUACAAAAGCUGUGAUGAUAGUCACUGACACACACACACGCGCACACACACACAGUGGGCCUUUGGUCACACACCUUUUUCACUGCCAGGAGAAUCCUGACAAAACUGACUUUCAGGUUAGUUUAAAAAAAAAAAAAAAAUCUCCAAAAGUUUUGUUCUUUCUGCACCUGACAGUGAUAUGGGUAGUGAUGUUAAUGUAAAGGUUUUGUGAUACUGUUUCAUUUGUUAUCUCUUUGGAAAACAUGUGCUGUCAUUGAGGAACCUAAAAGUCAGUUU